GUUGAAGCACUUCAAAGAUUUUAAUUUUUGCUAUUCUCUCUCUGUCUCUCUCUCUCUCUCCCUCUCUCUCUCUCAUAAGAACAGUUUUUAUUUGGAUGGACGAGACACAAGAACUGACGCAAGAACAGAUAAUGGAGUUUAAAGAGGCGUUUUGUCUGUUUGACAAAGAUGGAGAUGGUUGCAUCACUGCUGAUGAACUUGCCACUGUGAUCCGUUCGUUGGAUCAGAAUCCGACCGAACAAGAGCUUCAAGAUAUGAUCAAUGAGAUCGACUCUGAUGGUAACGGCACCAUCGAAUUCUCUGAGUUUCUCAACCUCAUGGCCAGCAAAAUCCAGGAAACUGAUGCAGAUGAGGAGCUGAAAGAAGCAUUCAAAGUGUUUGACAAAGACCAAAAUGGUUACAUCUCUGCCAGUGAGUUGAGGCACGUGAUGAUCAAUCUUGGGGAGAAGCUAACAGAUGAAGAGGUUGAUCAAAUGAUAAAGGAGGCAGAUUUGGAUGGUGAUGGUCAAGUCAAUUAUGAUGAGUUUGUGAGGAUGAUGAUGACCAGCGGUUAAAUUGUAAAACAAUUUUACCCGCUUAUGUAUUAGUAUCUUUUAAAAAUUUGUUAAUGUUUUUUCUUCUUCUUCAGAAAAAUCAUAUUUCAAAUUUCCAGUUAAAUUAAUUUCAGCUUUGAUUCAAUCGAAAAAGUAGUUCUUUCAUUUCUAUGGAAAUAUGUAGCUGGUGUAUAGUAGUAUAUUUCUAUGGAAAUUUAUUUUGCUUUUAUGUGGGUGUGUUUAUGGAAAAAGCCAAUCAG